UUAUAUUUGUUAAUGUAAUAUAUAUAACUAUAUUGCUUUUGUAAUGAACAGAAAUUACGAUGGAGCUGUGACACUGUUUUCACCCGACGGGCAUCUGCUGCAAGUGGGCUACGCUCAGGAGGCGGUACUAAGGGGCUCCACAGUGGUCGGACUGUGCACCAAGGAUUGCAUUGUGCUGGGCGUGGAAAAGAAGGCUGUUGAUAUUCUGCAAAUUGAACGUACAGUUCGUAAAAUUCGAAAACUAGACGAUCAUAUUAUCAUAACAUUUGCGGGUCUUACGGCCGAUGCUCGUGUCCUGAUAGAUCGUGCCCAGGCCGAGGCACAGAGUCAUCGCCUGAACCGUGAGCGACCAGCAACUGUGGAGUAUAUAACACGGUACAUUGCCAGCUUGAAGCAGUUGUAUACGCAGAGCAAUGGACUUCGGCCAUAUGGUGUAUCCUGCCUCGUGGGUGGCUUCGAUGAUGAUGGCCAGCCGCAUCUGUUCCAGACCGAACCCUCGGGCAUCUAUUACGAGUGGCAGGCCAAUUCCACGGGACGUUUGGGCCAAACAAUGCGUGGGUAUCUGGAGAAGAAUGCCAGUGAGAUGAUUGCUGCCCCCAACGAAGAAGUAGCCAUCAAGCAUGUGGUGCGCGCCUUGCACCUGACCACAUCCCUGGACGCCAGCUUCUUUGAGGUGGCUGUGCUCAAGCGUAAGCAGCCGAUGACCAUGGUCAGUCCCGAGACGUUGGUCUCCUUGGUCAACCUCAUUAAGCAGGAGAUUGCCGAGGAGCAGGCGAAACAAAAGCUGCGUACCGCGACUUGAUUUCCAGUUCCGAGUGCGUGAAUCAAAAUUUUUUGUUGAAUUCUUGUUAAAUUCACGUUUGCCAGAGGCGCAUUUGUUAGCCUUUCAGUCCAAUCAAGACUUGAUGGAACUUUUUUUUCUUCCUCUCGCCAAUUUAAUUU